CGCGCAUUGAUCCACUGCCAGCCCUUGCAGUCAGGAAGUGGCUGCUUUGUAGAGGUUGCAAGCUGGGGGUGUGCAGCUUUUCAUGCCAAUCCUGAGAAUCCAGACAGGAAGAGAGGGCUACAGCACUUCCCACCCAGGACAAACUCCCAGAGACUCUAUAGCUCCAUACCCCUGCUGUGGAACAGAGCAACAGGGCGAUUGAUGCAUCCUACGUGUGGUUUCUUUACUGGGUUUUUAAUGGCUGCUGGAUGACUUGGCUGAGCUGUAUGUGCUACGGACGAUAUUGUUGUCCGGGAACAUGCCGCUGCCUUUUGGGCUGAAGUUAAAGAGGACUAGGAGAUACACCGUGUCCAGUAAGAGCUGCCUUGUGGCACGGAUACAGCUGCUGAACAAUGAGUUUGUGGAGUUCACGCUCUCCGUUGAGAGUUCGGGGCAGGAGUGCCUGGAAGCUGUGGCACAGAGACUAGAGCUAAGGGAGGUGACCUACUUCAGUCUGUGGUAUUUCAACAAGCAGAACCAGCAGAGAUGGGUGGAUUUGGAAAAACCGCUGAAGAAACAGCUGGAUAAGUAUGCUCUGGAGCCCACGGUCUAUUUUGGCGUGGUAUAUUAUGUGCCUUCCGUCUCCCAACUACAACAGGAGAUCACCAGAUACCAGUAUUAUCUUCAAUUGAAGAAGGAUGUAUUAGAAGGGAAAAUUCCUUGCACAUUGGACCAGGCAAUACAUCUGGCUGGACUGGCUGUUCAAGCGGAUUUUGGAGACUACGACCAGUAUGAAUCCCAGGAUUUCCUGCAGCGAUAUGCUUUAUUUCCUGUGGCAUGGUUACAAGAUGAAAAGACCCUGGAGGAAUCGACUCAGAAUGUAGCUCUGCUUCACCAAAAGCUUAGGGGUCUUUCGCCCUCGGAAGCAGAGUUGCUCUACAUGCAGGAGAUCGAGCGGUUAGAGUGCUAUGGUGAGGAAAGUUACCCUGCUAAGGACAGUCAAGGAGCAGACCUCUCUAUUGGAGCUUGCCUGACUGGGAUAUUUGUUAAACAUAAGAAUGGAAAGCCCCCUGUGGUUUUUCGUUGGCUUGAUAUUGCAAACAUGUCCCACAACAAAUCGUUCUUUACACUCGAGCUAUCGAAUAAAGAAGAAACCAUCCAGUUCCAAACUGAAGACAUGGAAACUGCCAAAUACGUAUGGAGGAUGUGUGUCGCCAGGCACAAGUUCUACCGGCUGAAUUAUAGCCUCAAGUCCCCAGAUCCUCCUCCUCCACCCGUGGAAGGCUUCCAGAAAUCUCUCUCUCUCCUUUCUUUCCAACGUUUUCCAAUCCUCUCUCGUACUUCUCUUCCUAAAGGACAGUCUCAGGCAGUGAAUCCAGUGCGGCGGAGAUCCUCAACCCGAAUUUCCCUGCCAAAGCACCAACCUUACAUGAUGAGCCCACCCCACCAGAUUCUGUAUAAUGGACACUUUAAUGAGCAGUACAACAAUUCACAAGAUAAUCUUCCAGUGUUUGUGAGCAAUCAGAAUGGAUACUAUUACCACUCCCAAACAAGCCUUGACAGAACACCGCAUGAUUACAAUGGAAGAAUUCGUAAUGGAAGUGUUUAUAGUGCCCACAGCACCAACUCUCUGAACACCCAACAGCACUAUAUGCAGCCUUCUCCAAUGUCAUCCAAUCCCAGCAUUACGGGAAGUGACAUCAUGAGACCAGAGUACAUCCCCUCCCACCGCCACAGUGCUCUUAUCCCACCUUCCUAUCGUCCCACCCCGGAUUACGAGACUGUAAUGAGGCAGAUAAAUAGGGGCAUGAUACAUUCGGAGAGACAGAGCCAUUCUAUGAGAAAUCUGAACAUAGGGAAUUCCUAUGCUUACAGCAGACCUGAUGCAUUGGUUUACAGUCAGCCUGAAAUUAGGGAGCACUCCCAGUUCACCAAUCCACAAUCCAAUCAUUAUCCAUUCAAUAUGAAUUACAGCUUUCACAGCCAGUCUCCUUACCCUUACCAGGCUGAACGUAGGCCUGUUGUUGGAGCAGUCAGUGUACCAGAGCUAACCAAUGUCCAGGUCCAGGACUACACUGCAUCCAACAUAAUGAAGACACAGGUCUAUAGGCCUCCACCUCCUUAUCCAUACCCACGGCCAGCCAACAGCACCCCUGAUCUCACUCGACACCAUACCAGCAGUAGCAAUCCAGACCUGAUCACCAGAAGAGUUCAUCACUCUGUUCAGAUGUUCCAGGAGGACAGUCUUCCUGUUGCUCAUUCUCUUCAAGAAGUAAGCGAGCCACUGACUGCGGCCCGCCAUGCUCAGGUGCAAAAGAGGAACAGCAUUGAGAUUGCAGGACUGACUCACAGUAUAGAAGGGAUGAGGGUGAAAGAGAGGACAGUGUCAACUUCUGCAGCACCACAGAGAGUGUUGGCAACAGAAGGGCAAACUAGUGUCUACAUGGAGAGAACAAAAGAAGAGCAGGGUGGAGAUCAUGAAAGAGGGAAAUAUGGUCACAAAAAGUCCCUGAGCGAUGCCACCAUGCUGAUCCACAGCAGUGAGGAUGAUGAAGAUGAUAAUGAAGAAGACAACAUAACUAAUAUGCCGCAAGCACCUAUCUGCUAUGAUCGAUCACAGCUCCGUACCGUCAUGGAAACCUAUCCUGAUGAGACAGACCCAAGUUACCCUUUCAGUUCUGUGCCCCCCAACCACUUGCAUAUCUAUGAGAAUAAACAAGCUGACAUAGAGAAGGAGAAGAGGCUGAAGGUGGUAAGCCUGGUGCACGUUGAUGAAGACCUCAUGACCCACAGACGAGGAGAAUGCACCCUAGCUCCUUCAGUGUCUGAAUCUGACCUGACAGCAGAAACUGUGAGGUAUCGGCUGAGAAAAGAACCCAUGAAAAAGAGGCCAGUAUCUGAUGUCCUGUCAGGCAGAAAGGAUAUUGUUGAAGGACUUCCACCUUCAGGGGGCAUAAAGAAGACCCAUCGAGCAGAAAUUAAAAAAAUGGGUCCUCUGAAGCUUGCAGCUUGGAAUGGACUGUCACUGUCCCGCGUGCCUUUACUGGAUGAAGAGAAGGAGGAGCCUGCUCGGGCAACGAAUGAUGAAAGAUGUAAGCUCCUCGAGCAGCGGCUGGAGCAGGGCAUGGUAUUCACAGAGUACGACAAGACUCACAAGAAACGUUUGCCAGAAACUGAAUGUUCCAUUGCACGGCUUCCUGAAAACGCAGAGCGGAACAGAAUCCAGGAUGUCCUCCCUUACGAUGAUACCCGGGUGGAGCUGGUCCCAACAAAAGAAAACAAUACCGGUUAUAUUAAUGCUUCUCACAUUAAGGUGACGGUUGGCGGUGUGGAGUGGGAUUAUAUCGCCACGCAAGGUCCUCUACACAACACAUGUCAGGACUUCUGGCAGAUGGUCUGGGAGCAGGGGGUAUCCAUCAUCGCCAUGGUAACGCUGGAAGAAGAGGGUGGUCGAGAGAAAAGUUACCGCUACUGGCCCAGACUUGGCUCAAGGCACAACACGGUGACAUAUGGACGGUUUAAGAUCACCACGCGAUUUCGCACCGAUUCUGGCAGCUACGCCACAACUGGGCUGAAAAUCAAACACCUUCUAACCGGACAGGAGCGAACGGUUUGGCACUUGCAGUACACAGACUGGCCAGAGAACGGACUCCCCGAGGAUCUGAAAGGCUUCCUAUCAUAUCUAGAGGAGAUCCAGUCUGUCCGCCGCCACACAAACAGCACCACGGACCCCAGCAGCCCAAACCCCCCAGUGCUCGUGCAUUGUAGCACAGGUAUUGGAAGGACGGGAGUAGUCAUUUUAUCAGAGGUGAUGAUCGCGUGUCUGGAACAUAAUGAGAUGCUGGAUAUCCCGUUAGUCCUAGACAUGCUGCGACACCAGAGAAUGAUGAUGGUGAAGACUAUGGCACAGUACACUUUUGUGUACAAAGUCUUGAUUCAGUUCCUGAAGAGUUCAAGGUUGAUCUGAUUCGUUAUUGAACCAUCGAAAGCCUGCGCUUUUACGGGACGAUGAGAAGCCUCUUGGCAGCAGUCACAGACUGUGCUAUCUGUACGUGGAAUGAUUUAAAUUGCAGAGCAAUUAAUCAUUGGUGCCACUAUACAGGUCACAGUGAGAUGGAGCUGGUUAAACGGUGCUAAUUCAUACUGUUCAUGGAGACUCCCUUCUGUCAUUGUGUGGAAAAUACAGAUGCCUUGGUGUAUAAUAACCUUGGCUGGAGAGGAAGAGGAUGUGCAGAUCCAUUGGAUCAAAAUUGGUAUCCGUUGGAAACGGUUAGAAGUUGGAUAUUUGUGACGGGAUCAGAAAAUGUAAAAAAAUAAGAGUACACUUGGCUGAUUUUGCAACAAUAUUUAAUGCUCACUAGACAGUCCUACCUGUUUUCAAGCCACCACAGUUUGUGGAUUAGCCGUUGUCACCAAAGCUGUUCCACAGUGAGGGGACAAAACUUUUUUUUUUGCAGUAUUACAUAAAGCUAUGAUUUUACUGGUUAAAAUCUUCUAUGAUGCUAAUGACGUUUUAAAGCACUUUUUAUCUCAAGCGGUUUUAUUUAUGACUUUUGCAAAUAUUUUAAUCAAGUGCAUUUUUAAUAAGACAAUUGUUUAAUUAAGAUGCUGUUUGUGGUAAGGCUGGCAUGAAGGUUGAAUGUGACCAUAAAGUGCAGAGUGGUGUUGGCUUAUGACUAGAAUAUUUUUUUUUUAAUAAACUGCCAGAUGUGUUUAAUAAUUUAAAGGAGCACUUUAUCCACUACAGCUCCUUGUAGUGGUUAUAGUGCUAGAAACCUAUCUCCAGUUGUCUAUCACAGUUGGAGCAGUUUGGCAAUAAAAUGAUUCACCCUGGUACCUAUAAAUACUCUUCAGCUGUAGAUGGUACUAUAGGUGCCAGAGAGCACUCCUUUUUUUUGUCAAACUGCUUCAAAACUGUUACAGAAAAUCGAGGGACAGCGCUUAUAAACACCUAAUCACUACAAUGAGCUGUAGCGGUUAUGGUGUUUGGACUAUCCCUUUAACUCAUCAGUGCCAGAAGGGACAGCAGUCGGGAUUACUUGAACGUUUCCUAAAAUCAGACCACGCAGAGAAGCCUGCAGGGGAAAAGCCAUGAAAUUACAUGGAUACAAAUUUGGAAAAUCCAGUUUAGUGAAUGAGGAACUGUAUUUUGGUUGCGAAACUUGGCUCCUGUUGCCUAACAAAGGCAUUCACACACAUGAAAAGUAAUUUAUUACAUACACCUUGAGGGGGUGGAAGUCCUUACAGAUUUUUUCCAUGUAAAAAUCAACAGUUGCAACACAGAUGUGAAAAUUCCAAAAAUGGCUACGGACCAGAUUGUAAUCGACAGAACAUUUUUUUUUGUGUUUGUAUGUUCUGUAUUUGUAAAAAUCAAGGAAUCAUACCAUUCAUGUUGGAUAGAAUUUUAAUUAAAUGGCCAAUUUAAUUUUGUGCCGAAAAAAAUAAGGAAAGAAAAAGAAUUAUUGCGUUACCACCCAAAAAAAAAUAAAAAAAUAUAUAUAUAUAUAAAAAUAAAUGAAACAACCAUACAAUAUCCAGCACACUCACUGAUUAAACACCAACUUUAUAGCUAGCAACAUUUGAUUGGCAAAAAUAAUGGGGAUUUAGUUACAGUAUAUGAUCAUACAUUGCAUAAGCCUGCCACAACGUCAAUGUACCCAUUUUUUUUUUUUGCAGAUUCUACUCUAGUAACCUAAUGCCUGCUUAUAUGAGAGUAACCCGCCUACUUGGGAAAUCCAUCCUCCCAGGGCUAUCUGCAGGGCAACGUUAAAAUAAUAUAGGUUUGAAGUCCUAAGAAUGCUGACACUUUUUUUGCUAUAUUCAGCAUGGGUAAUCACCUAGGUUAAUACUGCAUUAAUAUUUUCUCAAGUAGUGCUGGCGAUUGUAUAUAUGUAUAGCACUCCUCAAGAAAAUAUUACUGCCGAAUCAACCUAGGUGCGUACCCAUGCUUAUGUGAAUAUAGCAAAAAAUAUAGAAAUAUAUAUAUAUAUUUUUUGACAUAUAGACAUAUCAGCACCGUGCGGCGAUAUGUUUAAGGCAGGUCAUACAAAUUCAUCUGGUUAGCAAAACCAACAGCAAAUCUAAAGAUUAAAAUAUUAACCUGUAGUUUGUAAAUGGACUGGCUGCCCAUACUCCUGUGAGCAAAAAAGCUGAAUAUGCAGCUGUACACUACCUGCUAUGGGAUGCUACACUAGGCAUUGUGGGAGAGCGAAAAUACCGACAUAUUUGUAGCUUAUGGAGCUAUAUCAAUGGCAAUAAGCUAGAAUUUCAAAAUAUCAAAAAUAAAUUGUAUCUAUAUAUCUGCUAGCGGUAUAUUGUAUCGGUUGAUUCACUGAUAUACAACAUUCUCCUAAAAUCCUUGCUGAGUUUACGUCUAAAGAGAAAACUCAUAGAAUGUUUUGGUAUUGGAUGUUAGAUGCAUUAAAGAAACUUUAAGCACCAUAACCACUGCAGCUUAUUCUAGUGGUGAUUGUGCUGUGAAUUUCACAUUUCAUAGCAACCCCAUUUUUUUUUGACAAACCAUUUAAUUUACAAAAACCUAGGGCUCUCCCAACACUCAAAGACCAGUCUCUCAGGCACUGAUGUGAUAAUGAGGAACAUUCACUUAUCUGUCCAACCUAUGAAGGCAAUGGUCGGCUAUGAGGGCAGAGGUUGGCUUAGCCAGGGCCGGAUAGUGCUUUACAUUUACCCUUACUUGGCUGAUCUAGCAGGAUAAAGAAAAAUGUGAACUUCAGUUUUUUGUCCCUUGAACAUUUCUUCCCAGUGAAAGGAACACUAAGAACCAUUACCACUACAGAUUGUUAAGUGGUUAUGGUGUUAGGGGUGCCCUGGCGUCCCCCUCCCCUUUCUUAGUAGACAAACUGUUUUAGAAAGUGUUUGGGAGAGAACCACACGCCUGUCCCUGCUACUUCAGACUGGAAGCUCUCUGUUUGAGUAGAGUCUGACAGUGUGGGGCUUAGCUCAUUAGCGGAGAGCUAAUUCUCUCAGCCAGUGAGCUAGCACUUUGCUCAGUAAAGCUAACGCAUGUUGUCUUUUUUGGAGUUUCAUGCUCUGCAUUGUAAGUAGUGUAGGCCAAGAGCGAAGCCCAGUGUACCCCUGAAAAAAAGUCAAAUCGUUUUAAAACAAAUAGAUGUGUGCCAGGGCACUAGUGGCACCAAAACCACUGCAGCUUGCUUUCUUUUUGGUGCUUUUUUUUCUGGCUGUGAAUGUCAACUAAUCAUUUAUUGGAUUUUUUUUUCAUUAAUGAUUUUUUUUAUACUAUAUUCAACCCAGUAAACACUAAUU